AUGCCCUCGUCUCACAUCCAGGAUGUGCCCAGCCCGUCCACAUCAACCCUCCGCCUCUCUCUCGGUCCUCUUGGGCGCACAUCCCGCAGAGGAUCCAUUGCCUCGCUGUCGUCCCGUGCACCAGUGGACAAGGAAGUUCUGCGGGAAGCCCUGGACCAGAUACACACGUCCGCCUCACGUUCUGAGACGCUCACCACCUUCGACCAGUUUGCCUCGCCGCCACCGCCAUCCAUUCAUGAGAGCAAGGGCAUAACCGGGGACCUGGUGCAGGGUGGGUUGAGCGGGUUGUAUAAUAGGUUCAGGACGUCAUAUGGAAGAGGCAAAGAGGUGGCUGCGGCCCCGCCCAGUCCCACCGUUGGCUACGACAGCGAUGGCUCGGCGGCCAGCUCCAGGGCGAAUGGGAAGCACAAGGCAUCCAGGAGCAUAGCAGGAACGACCGUGUCCUCGCCUGUUCUCUUGUCGUCGCCGGCCCAAUCGCACAUCCACUCCCCGCUGGCGAAUACCUUCAAAGAAGCUGCUGGGUCUGCUCUUCCUGUGUCGUCUGAAACCUCGAACCAACAGCCCGACAGAUCAAGGUCCUCGCGCGCCAGUCGAGUGUCAGAGGAUGACGACUCCAGCGUGUUUGGGGAGGAGGAUAUGGUUCUCGUGGACGAGCUUCCCCUCAACGAUGCUGGGAGCUUCUUUGGCGUUCGUUCUGAUCUUUCGCAGGGCCAACCAGGGCCGGUCGUACAUAGUGCCCCCCUUACAAGAAAGAACAGCCAAACGGCACCGACUAGCUUCGCGAGGGAUCUAAAUGAAGCGCACCCCGGGCAACCAAACAUCGGGGAAGCACUCAGCGAGGGUACUGUGAAAAACGUCCACCCAGACACGCCCACGUCUGCAAAGAGUGGUGCUUCCAGACCGCCCAUGGUAUCGAUUGGUCCGUCGCAUUUGCCGGGAUUCCGGCCAUCUCGCGCUUCGUCAUCAGACGGCAUGAGUUCGCUCACGACAGUCGCUCCGGCGCAGCCCCGCCACGCAACAUUCCAGGACGACCACCACCGGUCUGUUUCUCAGACCAGGCAACCCGAUAUGCGGAGCAGCAACAGCACUCUUGCUCAGAUGAAGCGCCGGGUUCUUGGCAAGGAGUUCUGGAUGAGGGAUGAAAACGCAAAGGACUGUUUCUACUGUGGCGAGGUCUUCUCCACUUUUCGCAGAAAGCACCAUUGCCGUACGUGCGGCCAGAUUUUCGACGCAAAAUGCACGUCUCUGGUUUCCGGGAAGGUCUUCGGACAGUCCGGAAAUAUCAGGGUGUGCAAGCCGUGCGAGGCCAUCAUCAACGGCAACGAAGACGAUUCUUCGGAUUACUCAGAAGACGCUGAUCAGAGCUCACUUUUCGAGAGCGAGGCCUUAUCAAAGCCUCUUGACCGGAGAAAUUCAGUGGGUACAGAUGCGUCGAAAGGGGACGUUGCCAAGGGACCACCUGGUGUCAAGGCAAGGGACCAUACUAAAAUCGGGACGCCAAUGAUGGGUAUCCCCACAUCGCGAAAACCAGGAGAAAAGAGACUGCGGUCUGCCGUGAUCGAAUUCAACACUGGCCACCCGGCCCUGCCGCGGCCGAGCUCCUCAAGAUCAUUGCGGUCGUUGAGCAUGAGGCCGCUAUCCUCGUCUGGGCACAGAAGACAUCACUCGCGACACCAGCACAUGCGCAGUCUGAAGGAUGAUCGUGCCCCGUUUCACCGCCAUCAAACAGAAGAGCUCGAGAAGCGGUCCAUGCUGCCUGCUUUUCAUAACGACAGCAUCAUCGACCCCGACCUCGCUGCAUUCAUGUCCGACGAAGACUCUAGCGAGGACGAGACGCCCAGCAUCUUCGCUGCGUUGAGCAACGACCCGCAAGAGACUAACGAAGGUGAUAGAAACGGGCUCGGUGGGCUCUUGGCGGCAAUCAAGAAAGGAAAGUCACGCGCCGGGGACAGGAGUAUCGCAGCCCAAUUGGCAGCUCCCAUGCGCGACCUUGACGCGGCCAGCAUUUCGAGUCGGCAUAUUCCCCGCCAACACCGCCGCCGCAACCUCAGCGUCAGCAGCCUGACACACAGGCCCUCACCGCGACGGACCAAGAGCAACAGCCUACUCAAGCCUUUCGGCAUCAACCUCGCAAGCAUCGUCGGCGGACAGCCCGGAACCAUGUCCACUCUUGCCCAGGUCAGUGGAGGUGGGUCCAAGAUGGUCCGCAGUGCUUCAAUGCGCGGCGAACACGCGCCUGCCGUCGAGCUCAACCGAGCAAGCUUGCAACACGUCCGAAAACUCCUUCGGCAGAUGCUCCAGGAUUCGAAUGUCGCCGCAGCCUCCAGCUGGGAGAAGGCCCUAAUGCCAAUUCUCUUGCGAUGCACUGAUGACGUCAACCCAGACGUCCAGCGGAGCGACGACAUUGAUAUUCGACACUACAUCAAACUGAAGAAAAUCCCGGGUGGAAGGCCAGGCGAUACGUCAUACAUUUCUGGUGUUGUGUUUACCAAGAACGUGGCGCUGAAGAGCAUGCCACGAAGCAUUCCCCAGCCUCGCGUGCUCAUCGUCACGUUUCCCAUUGAAUACGCGCGUCAUCAACAGCACUUCAUGAGUCUUGAGCCAGUCAUAGCACAAGAGCGGGAGUUCCUGCGUAACCUUGUUGGCCGCAUUGCCGCGCUAAAUCCUCAGGUUCUGCUUGUCCAGCGCAAUGUCUCCGGCUUAGCCUUGCAAUACCUGGAUGAGGCCAACAUCACCGUCAUUCACAACAUCAAGGCAUCGGUUCUCAACGCUGUCUCUCGGUGUCUCCAGAUCAGAAUGAUCUCAUCCAUCGAUAAACUUGCAACCGAUCCAUCGACCCUAGGCCAGUGUCAAAGCUUUGAUGUCAAGACGUAUGUGCACGGACGCGUCAAGAAGACCUACAUCUACUUGUCUGGAUGCAAGAAGGAGCUUGGCUGCACCAUAGUCCUCCGCGGUACGGAUACAACCACCUUGCGGAAACUCAAGCAAAUCACCGAGUUCCUCUGCUAUGUCGUGUACAACCUCAAGCUGGAGACCUGUCUCAUGCGCGACGAGUUUGUGUUGAUACCAUCCUCUAUAGAAGGCGCUGGUGAUAAGCCCGGGAAGCAAGCAGACGAGCUGACUGCCCAGGGUGGCGAGGUUGCAAAGCCCGCAGCUCUGCCGGGUGCGAAUGGCAGCUCGGACAAUAACCCGACCAUUCAGGUCCAGGAUGAAACAGGGCAACCAACCGACGCACAAGCCGACGAUGCGACAUCGAUCCAGACUUCCGAGUAUUCACAAACAAAGUCGGAUAUCCAGCAGCAAUAUCAAGAACAGAGCCAGCCCUUGGAGCAUACUUCCGAGCAGGCCAAAGCAAUCACUUCAAGCCAAGAGCUGGCAAUUCCCGAGGAUGUGCCCAUGCCUUCCUUCUAUGGCGACAUGGUUGAGAAGCAUAGAACAAAGAUCCUGUCCGCUUCGCCGUUCAUCAAAUUUAUGCAGCCAUACCUCCUCACCCAGGCAAGAGAACAGGAGAGACGCCUUGCCUACCUCAGGCGCUUGCGCGAUCAAUACAGCCAAAUCCAGGACGAAGAAGACGAAGAGCAAGAUUCGCAUGAGAGGUUCGAGCUUGUGCAGCCGGAGAUGGUUCACACAGUUGUGCAGAAAGCUUCAAGACAAGUUCGCGACUUCCUACAUGCCGUGCAUGAUGCGGAAUACGACAAGGCGAUGCACAACUAUUUGACCCAAAAGAGGCAGUGGGAGGCAUAUCUCUCUGCGAAUAGCGACCUUUUCGACCCCUUCACCCACCAGAAAAUCGCCGUACUCUACAGCGUCGUUAACUCGGUAACCUCCACGCCUUGCAUCGGCCCUGAGAUCAUCUCGUUGGAAUUUUACAAGGAGCACGACCUUGACCAUGGUUUUGCUGCAGAUUGCACGCUCGGUCAGUAUGUGGAAGAUCUUUGCUACACCGCGAACCAGAUAUGCACUGCAAACGGCUGCGGCAAGAAGAUGGUCGAGCAUCAUCGGCAUUACAUACACGGCGAGGGUCAAAUGAGUGUCGUUGUCGAGAAAUACCCUUCUAAGAUUCGCGGUCUCCACAACACGAUGCUCAUGUGGAGCAGCUGCCGAGUCUGUGGGCAGGAAACCCAAACAAUCCCCAUGUCCGAGAGCACUUGGAAGUACUCCUUUGCCAAGUAUCUGGAAUUGACCUUCUGGAGCACUAAUCUGCACCCUCGAGCUGAUAUUUGUCCUCACGAUAUUCACCGCAACCACGUUCGGUACUUUGGAUUUAACAACAUCGCCUUGCGGAUCCAAUACGACCCUAUCGAGCUUUACGAGGUCAUCGUUCCAAGACCUACUAUUACCUGGAAAGUCGAUCGAGAUCUGAGGCUCAAGAACGAACAAUUCUCCAGGAUUGAAGACCGCCUAGACAAAUUCAUGGCGUCGGUGAAGGCUCGUAUCAAGAGCAUCAGAGUCGACAGCGUCGUUCCGGAGAAGCACGAGGCGUGCAAGGCCGAGAUUGCAAAUCUGAUGAAGCGUGCCAAUGAUGAACAAGACUUCUUACGCCGCAAACUUCAAGACAAGUACAUGUGUUCGCGGUACUACGAAAUCAUUCCCCUCAAUCGAGCUAUCAGGGCUAUUCACGAGAAGGCUUUGGCCUGGGAUGACACUUUCGCAAAGUUUGAGAAGGCGUUCUUCCCGUCGGAGAAGGAUAUUCAGCGACUUGCCGUGCUACAGCUGAAGAAGAUUUUCCUGGACCGAGAUGAGUCGCAGACAUCGGUGAACUCAAUAGAGGAAGGCGUUGAGGAAGCACCUGCUGUGCUAGACGGUGGCCAGGUCACUGAAAAGGAUGGCGAGAAUAUCACGGCGGCAACACCUACUGGCAUGUCCCCGGAACAGACUCGCGAUGUGCUCGCGUCAGUUGUGGAGCAAGACCAGCACUAUAAAGACGCAGAGAAAGCAGCAGCGGAAAGCCAAGCGCCAUCGCAACCUGCGCCAGAUCCAGAUGUUGCAGUACAAGACCACGCACCGUCCGCGCCACCUGCUCCGGCAUUGGAUCAGACUGACGCUGUCGAACGUGAGGAAGUGCGACACCUUGACCUCGCCGUCCCUGCCGAUACCCCCUCUUCGCCCAAGACUCAGUCUACGCAAGCAAGUCAAGAACUACAAGUUCCUGGAGCGGAUCUCUCGAGGACGUCUACUGCCACUGGAUCUACCAUCGCUCACCCAGCUCCGCUCUCCCGAACCGUUUCAGAUCUCGUUGAACAGAUGCGCGGUGGUGGAGACUAUCAAGCAACAUCUGCGGAAGGGGUUCCAGAGUCGCGCAUUCCACGCCUGGUCGACAUGUCGAAGCGUGAGCCUGGGUCGACGCUGAUCAGCCGAGCUCAGUCAUCUACCGGCAUUGCACGCAUGCAGCAGGCAGCAAACAAUUCUUCGAGCACAACAGUGGCGACAUCAAGCACUGGCAAAUCUGAUUCUUCAAAGCCGAGUCUCACUGAGUCAGCGCGAGCUCUCGAGGAACGCAUGUCUAAGAGACUUGGUCUAGGCUCCUUGCGGUCCAAUAAGAGUACUCACUCAAUGAUCCCUCGCUCCGUUCCCAGCACCAGUAACGCCAAGCCAAAUAAUCCCAAGGUCUCUACACUUGCCAAGCACUUCGAGCAGCUCAGUAAGGAAUUCGAAAGGCAACGCUUGCGUGAGAGGCACCAGCGGGCUGCGAAGAGCCGGCAGGCACGUGCCUAUCCUUUAGCUUCUUCCAAGCCCAUCGUCGAGAUCUACCGUGAUGCCGCCGAUGCAGUUCAGGAGAAGGAGUCUGACGAAGACUUGACGUCUUCAACGCCUCCUCCCCGCCUCAGCGCAGACACCAGCACGCUGAAUGAGAGCAGCUACACUUCGACAACUACCCCGACCUUGGACUCGCAAUCGCCUGUUGAGAGGCAUCAUGAGGAACCAAUAGAACACACGAAGCGAACGGAUGGCACGGAAAGCGUCACGGAUACUGCCAGCCUGCACCAUCACUCCGAUGUGGAAGGUGACGCAAGCGACGUUGAGAAUAUCCUUGAGGACAUUGGUAUUCCUGAUAUCUCGGAUGGCUCCGGAAUUCUGCCGCCCAUGGACUCCUCCACUGAUUUGAGCAUUGACCUUCCCAGGCACGAGAAGUCGUUCAUGAUGAAGAUGUUGAACAACUUCUGGUCUGAGCGCUCAGCCAGUGGCUGGACGCCUUUGGAUUACCCAUUCGCGCCUAUUGAGCAUGUUUGGGAGGAUUCGGAUAUCAUCGUCCGCGAGGAUGAGCCUAGUUCGAUCAUUGCUUUGGCUUUGUCGAACGGCGACUACUUGGGCAAGCUGCAGGAGUUCCGAAGUGAGCUCGGCGAUUGCGGGGAUUAUGACAGUGAACACAGCGUGAACUCAGAAGAGGCAAACAUCGAACACAACCUGCGGCACAAAUCCAACACGAACAUCAAGUACGUGUUCCAGAACCGGAGUGUUCGGGCUACGUGCAAGAUCUUCUUUGCCCAAUCGUUCGAUGCCAUGCGCCGGAAAUGUGGUGUGGCGGACCGCUUUGUUGAGUCCAUGUCUCGGUGCUUGAAGUGGGAUUCCAAGGGUGGCAAGACCAAGUCGCUCUUCCUCAAGACGCUCGAUGACCGCUUCGUCCUCAAGUCGCUCUCGCAAAUCGAGGUCAGCGCCUUCCUCAAGUUCGCGCCCGACUACUUCUCGUUCAUCCACCAGAACCUCUUCAACAACCUUCCCUCGGUCAUCGCCAAGAUGUUCGGCCUGUUCCAGGUCACGAUCAAGAACCCUGCCAGCGGUCGCGACUUCGACUGCUUCAUGCUCGUCAUGGAGAAUUUGUUCUAUGACCGCGGCAACGACCUGCGCCGCUUCGAUCUCAAGGGCUCGAUGCGCAACCGCAAGAUCCAGAGCACUGGCGAGCAGGACGAGGUGUUGCUGGACGAAAACUUGGUCGACAUCAUUUUCGAGAAGCCCAUCUUCGUCCGCGAGCACACGAAGAAGACGCUCACGCUCAGCGUCUACAACGACACGCUCUUCCUCAGCAAGCAGAACGUCAUGGACUACUCGCUCAUGGCCGGCUUCAACGACUCGAACCGCGAGAUUGUCGUUGGUAUCAUUGACUGCAUCCGCACGUACACGUGGGACAAGAAGCUCGAGACGUGGAUCAAGGACCGCGGCAAGAACAAGCCGACGGUCACGUCGCCCAAGGACUACCGCCAGCGCUUCCGCGUCGCCAUGUCCAGCUACAUCCUGCAGGCGCCCGACUUCUGGCACGCCUUCAACACGGCCGUCGCCAGCGGCGCGCCGCCCGCCGCCAUCGCGUCGCACCAGCCGCAACAGCAACAGCAACAGCAACAGGGGCUGAUCCAGUCGCCGGUCGAGAAGGUGUUUGCGAAUGGGAAUGGCGAGAACGCCGAGGGACAGGGCGUGCCUGGUUCUCCGCUGGAUAGGAGAGAGCCGGUGGUGCCGAUGGAGGCGGAGGCGGAGAUGGGAUUGGGGGGCAUGAUGAUGGAGAGGGGGUGA